UUUUUUUUUCUUUUUUAUUAUUAUAGAAAACAAAAAUGUCUGACUGGGACCAAACAACUAUUCUUCGUAAGCGUGACCCUGCAAAGGCCAAGGUCACUCGUUCUGAUUCUGAAAUUAACGCUGCCAGAAGAGCUGGUGCUUCUAUUGUGACAGACAGAAAGAGCACUUUGACCAACUCUAGUCACGCCAACACUGACCAUCGUCGUAUCGCAAAGAUUGACCGUGAAAACGAAGUGGCUCCUCCUCCUCGUGUCGACGUAUCUGUUGGUAAGGCCAUUCAAAAGGGUCGCCAAGACAAGGGUAUCACUCAAAAGGACUUGGCUCAACUCAUCAAUGAAAAGCCUCAAGUUGUCAAUGAAUAUGAAUCUGGUAAGGCUAUUCCUAACCAAAAUGUGCUUGGUAAGAUGGAACGUGCUCUUGGUAUCAAAUUAAGAGGAAAGAAUAUCGGUGAACCAUUGACUUUUGGCAAGAAGAAGUAAAGAAAAAACCCCCUUCCAUCAUUGUAAUAUAAAAAAAUAUCUAUAUAUAUAAAUUGUAGUAUUAUGCAAAGAUCUAA